CUUAUCAAAGACAGUCCUGAUCUAAAUCCAGCUAUUUACGCAGUCUAACCCGGAUACCUCUGUUGCUGCAGACAGAUAAACAACUCGCCACCUCUUCAUCACCGCCAUAGUUAUCGCGACCUCACUAUGGAUGAGAAGCAUCUGCAUCAACCGCAAAUCAUGGCAUCUCCUCGGCGUUACCGCGCCCGCGAGCUGCUGCUCGUCAUUAUGUUCGUCUUCGUCGGCUACCACCUCUGGAGCAACGCCGUCGCCGUGCCCUUUCUGCCGCAGCAGGCCGCCGACUUUCUCGCGCCGACACAAAACGAGGGCAGUGCCAAUGGCCUCGUCCCCCUUGAAGCGCACAUCAUCAGCAAGUGUCCCGAUACUAGGCAUGCUCUCCGCACCUUGAUCCUGCCCGUCAUGCAGAAGGUCCAUGACAAGGUCGACUUUAAGCUCUCGUACAUUGGCAAGCCCACUGCCAACGGCGGCGUCGAAUGCAAGCACGGUCCUUCCGAGUGCAUCGGCAACAUCAUCGAACUCUGCGCCAUCGAGCUGUACCCUGACCCCAAGAUCAACCUCGGCUUCACCAUGUGCCUAACCAAGGACUACCCCAACAUCCCCGACCGCACCCUCAUCGAAGACUGCGCCCUCGAGCAUGCCAUCGACUUCAACAAGCUCAACGAGUGCGCCGCCCGCGACGACACCGCCCACGGCCUUGAGCUGCUGCGAAACAGCGUCCAGCGGUCUGCCGAUCUCAACGUGACGAUUAGCUGCACCAUCCGCCUCAACAACGAGGUCUACUGCAUCCGUGACGACGAUCAAUGGAAAGAUUGCCCGAACGGCCCCGGCGUUAACGACCUCAUCCUCGCUAUCGAGAAGCUGCACCACUCGUCUUAAGCGGCUCGAAUAUAUCCGUCCACAACUCGCUUGCCUCGCCCAACGUGUAGCUCAUCGAUAGCGCAUCCAUUCCCGCCUCAUCGUCUCCCCCCAUCACCUUUAAUGUCUCUAGAAUACUGUCUAGGCCGACGGCCUUGCCCGUGGCUUGCGUGGCCCCGGCCUCUAGCGCAACAUGGACAAUGUGUAUAUGAAAGUGGUAGUAGGUCGGUUGGUAGUGAACAUAGAGCUUCAGCUGGUUUUCCUCGAUGCUCGGGUACGUCUGGGUCGUGGCACUGACGACCUUGGACUUGAUGUGCUGCAGCCAGGGAAUGUGCUUCUUCUUCAGAUCCCGCAGCGACCAAAUGUCCCGCCGCUCCACCAGCGCCAGCAGGUGCAAGCCCUCGAGCGUCUUGCGGUCCCAGUUGAGGUCCGGCAGCAGGAGGAAGCCUUCGUCGCCGGCCUCCCCGAGCUUAGUCCUGUAUAUAACGUCUUCCACUUCG